CUGACAUAGCUGUAGUGAACUACAUAAGAACUCCUCCGACGUGGUCAUAUUUCAGUCUUCAGGACAGACCCAGACACUGAGACAGUCAAGAUGAAGUUGCUGCUUCUUGUUGCUGCUGUUCUGGCUGUAUCCAGCUGUGCCAGCAUCUCCCUGGAAGACAUGGAGUUUCACGCCUGGAAGCUCAAGUUUAAAAAAUCCUACGACUCUCCAUCAGAGGAGACUCACAGGAAGCAAGUCUGGCUCAACAACCGUAAAUUUGUGCUAAUUCACAACGCCUUGGCGGACCAAGGUUUGAAGUCCUUCCACCUUGGAAUGACCUACUUUGCAGACAUGGAAAAUCAAGAGUACAAAAAGCAGAUUUCCCAGGGCUGCCUUGGCUCCUUCAAUGCCUCUCUGCCUCGCCGUGGCUCUACCUUCAAUCGGCUGCCUAAAGGUACUAAAUUGCCCAAAACUGUGGACUGGAGGAAACAGGGAUAUGUCACUAAAGUCAAGCAUCAGAAAGAGUGUGGCUCCUGCUGGGCUUUCAGUGCAACUGGUGCACUGGAGGGUCAGCACUUCAGGAAGACAGGAAAGCUGGUGUCUCUGAGUGAGCAGCAGUUAGUCGACUGCUCUCGCAGCUUUGGCAACCAUGGCUGCAAUGGAGGCUUGAUGAACCCGGCCUUUCAGUACAUCAGAUACAAUGGAGGUCUUGACACUGAGGAUUCAUACCAUUAUAAGGCCAAGGAUGGACUAUGCCAUUACAACCCCAAUUCUGUUGGUGCCAUAUGCAAUGGUUAUGUUGAUGUGAGUCCGGAUGAAGCUGCCCUGAAGCAGGCAGUGGCCACCAUUGGACCGAUAUCUAUAGCCGUGGAUGCUUCUCAUGAGUCCUUCCAACUCUACCAAUCAGGGGUGUAUGAUGAGCACAGGUGCAACAAAAAACACGUGACCCAUGCUAUGCUGGUUGUGGGUUAUGGUACUGAAGGUGGACAUGACUACUGGCUGAUCAAGAACAGCUGGGGUCUUCAAUGGGGAGACAAGGGAUACAUUAAGAUGACCAGGAACAAAGGCAACCAGUGUGGGAUUGCUACUGCAGCAAGCUACCCUCUGGUCUGAAGAGAUGGAAACUCAUCUACAUCUUUUUUCUUCUGCUUUGACCAAAAUGUGUUUAAAGUGCCAUUGAAACAUAAUAAAUUUCUGAGCAUUUAAAAAUA